CGGAGCCGCGCGUGCAUGCGCCUGGUCCCAGGCAAAGAUCAUAGCUCCAGUAUCUUUGGUCCCAGGGUUGGUGGGAGCGGAGACGUGCACGCGCCUGGUUCCCGGGCCGCGUUCGGAGAGGAGCAGCAUCGUGCACGCGCCUGGUUCCCGGGCCGCGUUCGGAGAGAAGCAGCAUCGUGCACGCGCAUGGUUCCCGGGCCGCGUUCGGCGGAGCGCUGGGUUACAUGUUGCUUGGCCGCAUUUCGUUCAGCAUUUGCUCAACGGGGCCUGCAUUCGGGAGGGAAAUGGAGGCAAAGAUACCCCCGCCGAGGGUUUACUUAGAGAUCAGAAACAGCACGCAAAAUGGGCACUUAGUAUUGGGGAACUUCACCAAGGAUCAUUCCGAAUUGCAAAUUACUCUCGGCUUGUCAUCCAUGUGUCUGCAGAGUCCUGCGCAGCGUUUGACUAUUGAUUUGCCAGCAGGGGUCAGCGUUGCUCCUUCUUCCUGCCGCAACCUCCAGUAUAUUGCAGGAGAUGGGUUGCACAUGAGGCUGCAAGUUGUCACUGAUUGUCCGAAAGAGCUGGCCCCAACUGUGGUCCGGACAUUGAAAGCCCAAGUCUGCUAUGUCUUUCAGUGCCAGAGCUGUGGGAAAACUCUACUCGAGACGCAGAUGUUCCGGAGAGUUCUACCUUUACCAAAUGGAGAUUGGAAUGACAUGGUGGAUCACUGGUGCUGCCAUUCCAACCCGUUUGCCCGGCAGUUUCAGCCAAAGUUGGACGACUGCUUCUUGGGGGAUACUUUCCUGUUGGUGAACGCGGCAAGUGUGGAUAGUGCGGCUGUGUGUGAAGAGAGGGAAAGCGGAUCAGAGAUCAGGCAGAGUGUGGGUGACACUGGAGCCCAGGUGAAGAUGCCAAAAGACAAUAAAACGGUGGUUUGCACACGUUGUAGGAAGAUGCUGGGAGAUAAGACAUCAGCAGACACAAUUAAAUUUUAUAUCACCGAGUUGUUGGUGCAGCCUCUGACGAAUAAGGCUUUGGAAAGGCAAAUAAAUAAAAGAUAUUUGUUCGUGGAGAGGGUGUUUGCUGGCCGGCUGAUGGAGUUAUCCUCCACUCAAAGCACCUUUAGAUUCUGCAUUCAGGGGCACGAUGGAAACACAUAUGCUUUGCUCUGGCUUUUGAAUUCGGACACCCUGUUGGUGAGAUCACACAACGAUCCCUGUGGUGAUUUUACUGCCGUCGUCAAUGACACUGUGAAGGUCCAGCACUGCGAAGCAGUCAAUGCUGUCAAAAUCCUGUAUCAUCCCUGCUUAAAAGGAAGAAACAAAAUAGCGCAGGAGAAGUGGGAGAAGGAUAUUGGUGUGCACUGCAUGACCUUUCCAGCAAAUACCUGCCUGGAGCUGUUAUUCAUACUGGCUUCCUCCACUGCCUCUCUCCCUCCGUCAUUACAGAGCAUGAAUACAUUCAAGGUAGCAUUUUUGAAGCUGGAUUGAUGGUAGCCUUUACUGGAUCAGAAAAGUGCUUGGAUUAGAAAUACCUCAGACUCUUCCUCUGUGAAUCAAUUUACAGGAUAACAAAGAAAAUUGGCUCCAAAAGGAACUUAAAAAAUAGUGGAAUCUGAUAUAAUAAGCCAAUGGACCAACUUAUUAAUAGAAUUGUGACCUCAGCAGUUGAAAGAAAAUAAAUAACAGAAGCUGGAGUU